UUGAAUUUUGUCGUGAUUUUGAGUAGCUGCUUUAUUGCACGCCCUCUGCUGUCAGUUCGCCCCGCGACGUUGUAGCGGGCAUACGUCUCGAGUUUUCAUACUAUCCCGGUCCGUGAGACCGGCGUCACCGAACAUUUUCAGAAUGAAUUACGAACGCGAACAGAGACGUCUCGAGGCUCUAUUACAGGAAGAAUUGUUAGGUGAAGAUGAUGGAUCACCAUCGUCGUCAGACAGCGAAGCUGGAAAUGAUGGCGCAUCGGAAUAUUCCGCACCAGAUCAAAUACAAAACUCGGAGAGCGAAGAGGAUCUAAGCGAUCGAGAAUCUUCAAGUAACGACAACUCAUAUUAUUUGGGAAAAGACAAAUCUACUAGGUGGAAUAAAGAACCCUAUCGUCAAUCAGUCCGUACUAGAAAAUACAAUAUUAUAUCUCAGUUACCAGAACCCAAACGGGUUAUUGCAGGUAAAAUGAACCUCUGAGUAUUUGGAGGCACUUCUUUGACGACACCAUAAUUGAUAUCAUUGUCAAGUAUACGAACCAGUACAUUGACACCAUUCGACAUAAAUAUACCAGAGAAACGUAUGCUAGGCAGACUAAUCUCAACGAGAUACAGUGCUUGAUGGGAUUGAUACUAUUAGCUGGAGUACAAAAAUCUAAUCAUCUGAAUGUUGAAGAGUUGUUUCGGACGGAUGGUGGUUCGGUUGAAAUAUUUCGGCUUUCUAUAUCUGCCCAGAGAUUUCAAUUUCUGCUGCGAGUAUUGAGAUUUGAUGAUGGUAGUACGAGGCAACAAAGAAAAGCAAUAGACAAAAUUUGUCAUAUUAGAGAAGUAUUUGAAAAAUUUGUCCAAAAUUGCAAAAAUAAUUACACCUUAUCUGCAUUUGUGACGGUCGAUGAAAAAAUGGAAUCGUUUCGUGGGAAGUGUUCGUUUAGGCAGUACAUCCCGAAUAAACCCAAUCCCUACGGAAUCAAAAUUCAAGCUCUCUGCGACUCUAAAGUGUUUUACACAUUUAACAUGGAAAUUUAUCCGGGAAAACAGCCCAAUGAAGGUUUAGUUUGUGACAAUAGUGGCUUAGCAGUUGUUCAAAGAUUAAGCGAACCGAUUUUCAAUACUGGUCGCAACGUCAUAACUGAAAAUUGGUACACUAGUGUACCUUUGGCUGAAAUGUUGCUUCAGAGAGGUCUUACGACAGUAGGAACAAUUAGAAAGAACAAAAAGGAGAUUCCCCCUGACUUCAAUGUAUUGCGUGGUAGAAGUGUGAAGUCCAAUAUGUUUGGCUUUCGCGACAAUAUGGUGUUGGUUUCACACAUUCCAAAGAAAGGCAAAAAUGUUUUACUGAUUAGCACUAUGCACAAUGAUGCCAAAACUGAUGUCGAAACAGGAAAACCCGAUAUAAUUUUAAGCUACAAUGACACCAAGGGCGGGGUCGAUGUCGUAGAUCGUUUAUGUGCAAAUUACGAUUGUGCCCGUGCCACAAGACGUUGGUCUAUGGUAGUAUUUUACGCUAUGUUGAAUGUCAGUACCAUAAAUAGUCAGGUUAUAUAUAUAGCUAAUAACUCAAAUUCAAAAUCUCUACGCCGGCAUUUUAUAGAAAAUUUGGCCAUGAAACUAAUUGAGCCUCAUAUAAGAGAAAGACAGACACAGUUGAAUUUGCCGCGUUCGUUGAGACAACGACUCUCCGAAAUUUUGAAGAUCGACGAGGUUACCGAGACGGCAGGUCGUUCAAGAAAUGGUCGGUGUUAUAAGUGUGGAUGGCAGAAAAACAGAAAAACCAAGUACACUUGUCAUAAAUGUAAAAAAUAUUUGUGUCUCGAGCACGUGGUGCCUUCUUGUAGUAAUUGUUUGACUGGUGACGAAGAGUGAAUUUGUAAAGAUAUUUCUUUUAUUUUUUAUUAAAAAAUUAACUUUUUUAUUCAAUUUUAUAAUAGUUCAAAAUGUCAUAAGACUGGCUGAGGCUGCUACAUAAUUUUAAAACUAUAAGAUUGUUUAUGUUUUUGUAUUUUAGAAAAGUAAUAUUAAAACUUGAUAAUUUUAAGUGUUCCAAGUACCAAUGAAUAAUUUCUAAUAAAUGAUCUGUGAUUUAAGAUA